AUGCCUUCUUUUGCCGUGGGAGAGUCGAUUCCCGCCCAUACUGCGCACGCAGUGAGCGUCUCCUUACCAACAUGGAAGGCAAACGUGGGGUAUGAGGAAGGGGAGAAGGCCGUGGUUGACAAGAUGACCACGGGUUACCCGAGAUUCUUCAUCCAUAAGAGCAUUGAAGCUUUCGCCCAGGACAUCACGGCCAAGUUCGGCAAGCCUGGUCAGCGUGCAAUGUUGUUCCCAACCAGGAAGGCGGCCCAGCGGUGUACCCAGUUCAUUCGCGACAAGGCAUCCCAGGAUGACCUGGCGCAGCUUGAAGUCUUGAACCUGGUCUUGGAUUCGACGAAGAAGCACUCAGAGGCCCUUCAGUUGGUUCGGCCUGCAGUUUCGGCAGUACUGUUCCAGCAGGAGGCCUUCCCAAUUGCCAAGCAAUACUGGCAACACUCCGGCGAUGGCGUGUCGAGCCGCCGGGCCGAGUUCUGCCAUGGCCUGUUCAGGGAUAGCCUUCUGGUUCUCGAGUCGUCUCCUCAGUCGCCUCGGCCUUCGUACCAGAAAAUGUCUCGCGGCCCGAGACGGUACCAACGGCCCAUGUCCAUUGAUGGCGUCAACACCUCUACAUCACAAACUGGCAUUGACUCGGCCAAGAAUGGAUCGAGCGAUGAGGAGGCGGAGGCACUGGAGAGCUCACGCUUCCUUGAGGAACGAUUUGGGAGAAACCUCGACAUUUCUCUGGUCGAGAACGCAAAGUCGGCCGUUCGACGCCGCAUUGCCGGUGUUCUCACCGAGGACAUUGAUUUGACUUCCACGUUCCCGUCCAUGGAAUCGGAUGCACGUGGAGUCUCCAACUUUCGAGAAGACGACGUCUAUCUCGCCCCUUGUGGCAUGAACGCCAUUUUCACUGCCCACCAGACGCUGCUGAAGACGCGUGAGCCCCGGAAAAGCAUCAACUUUGGCUUCCCAUACGUCGAUACGCUGAAGAUCCUUCAAAAGUUUGGGCCUGGGUGCCUGUUCUUUGGCCGAGCAUCUGCGGCCGACCUGGACGACCUCGAGGCUCGAUUGAAGGGCGGAGAGAGAUUUCUUGGGCUUUUCUGCGAAUUCCCUGGCAAUCCUCUCCUGACGUGCCCAGACCUGGUUCGGAUUCGUCGGUUAGCAGAUGAGUAUGACUUUGCCGUCGUCGUGGACGAGACUAUUGGCACCUUUGUGAACGUCAACGUACUUCCGUAUGCAGACAUUGUCGUCAGCAGUCUCACAAAAAUGUUCUCUGGCGAAAGCAAUGUCAUGGGUGGUGGUCUCGUCUUGAAUCCCAACGGGCAGUACUACAAAUCGCUCAAGGAGGUCCUCAGCCGGGAGUUCGAGGACACAUACUGGGCCGAAGAUGCCAUUUUCUUGGAGCGAAACAGCCGAGAUUUCAUUACGAGAACAAGCAGGGUCAACAUGAAUUCAGAGUCCAUCUGCGAAGUCCUCCUAGCGCACCCCAACGUAACGAACGUCUACUACCCCAAAUACAGCAACACGAAGGCCAACUACGACGCUUGCAAACUGCCCAACGGUGGGUACAGCGGCCUGAUCUCGUGUACGCUCAAGAAUAAGGCACAGGCGAUUGCAUUCUUUGACGCAUUGGACACGGCCAAGGGCCCAAGUCUGGGGACGAACUUCACCCUCACGUCCCCAUACGUACUACUGGCGCACUACCAGGAGUUGGAGUGGGCUCGCGAACUUGGUGUUGACCCUAACUUGGUCCGUAUCAGCGUCGGGUUGGAGGAUCCGGAAGUACUCAAGUCGGUAUUCACUGCGGCCCUCAAGGCCACAGAGGGUGUGCCAGACGAUUCAAGCUAG